UCUCGUUCUCUCUCUCUCCAUAAACACAAGUAACAACAACAAAUUGACAAUGGUAUUUGCCCGUAAAUGUUUUGUUGUUUUUCUCGUUCUCUCUAUGUUCUCUCAAGGACUGUGCCGCUGCACUUUCGGUUUGAUCCGGAUCGGAACGGUGAGAACCGGGAGAGAAAUCGCUGGACAACCGGAGUGGAAAGUGACGGUAACCAACACGUGUAAUUGUCUUCAGAAGCAGGUGACACUGUCUUGCGAAGGGUUUGCUCCUGCGAAGCCUGUCAAGCCAUGGCUGCUUAAGCCACAAGGAAACACGUGUCUUCUGAUUAUAGGAGCAGCUUUGCCAGCUGGCGCAACCGCUCAGUUCGCUUACGCCGGCCAGCCUUACAUCUUCAGACCCGUUGGUUCCACGGUCGACCCAAGUUGCAUGAACUGAUUUCUUCGUUGUUACAACUUCUUAUUAAAAAAAAAAAAACAUUUAGUAGAAAUGUUAUCAUCAUAUAUUUCUUGCGACUCAAGGACGAAGAUGUUAUGACUUCUUGUGUGAAACUUGAGUUACAUACAGAAAUGUUAGAAGACUAAUUGGCAUAUGAUCUA